AUGUCAAAAUCUUCUAACAACAAAGACGAACGCGAGGACUCCAAACCCCUCGUCAAAUCAGAAGAUUUCAGCUCAAAAGCCAGCAUAAAGCUUCUUUUUUCAUACGCAGGGAAAUAUGAGUGAACUUUAAUUGCCGUCGGCUUUUCAAUGAUCUUGCUUUUCAGAUUUUUCCCGUUCUUUUUGUUCUAUCAAUUAGGAGAAGCUGUCGAAGCGGUCUAUGAGAACCCAGACGACGAUGAUGAGUUCUAUGAAGGAAUGAGAGAUGCUUGCAUAUGGAUGCUUUUAGGAGGACUCAUGUGCUUAGUGUUAGGCUGGAUUGCUGUUAUCUGUUUCUUAUUAGCAGCUAAAAGUAUUUCACUGAAGUGGAGAAGUGUUUAUUUUUAUAGCUUGGGCAGGCUUUCAGCCUGCCAUGAAAAUUAGUAGUAAAUGAUCAGAUUUCUCAUAUUUUCUUGGCGUCAGAUUUUAACUGAAAUAUAAAAAGAAAGAUUGCUUGGACAUUGCACUGCUGAUAUUUGAUAUAGAAAGCAAGAUUAUGAAGAGAGAGGAAGUUGGCCUAAUAAAAUUAAUUAAUUUAUUUAUUUCCAGAGUUUUUGUAGUUAUAGGGUAGGCUAAAAGCCUGCCCAGGAUAUACACUAUUAUAAACCGACCCAUCAAAUGGUAUGACAGAAACAACCCAUCUGAGCUCUCAAGUGCAAUCGAUAUGGACAUUGAUGCAAUUGAACAAGGGGUCGGAUUGAAAUUUUUCUUACAGCUGUCAAUGGCCAUUUCAUACUUCGGACUGUUUAUUUUUACAGGGAUCAUUAACUUACAGCUGACCCUGAUUGCUCUGAUACCAAUCCCAUUGCAGUUUUACGGGAUCGUAGUUUACGAGAAAGUAACAAUUGAUUCGGCCUUAGCCAAACAAGAAAAGUACAAAUCAGCUGGAGGGAUUGCAGAAGAGAGCUUUGAAGGAGUCAAAACCAUCGCCUCCUGCAAUGCGCAGAAGCCAAGAACUGAGCUUUAUCACUCAGAGCUCAAAACCCUAACUUUCAUUAAUAUACGGAAUUUUAAUAAUAUAUAAUUGAUAAUUCUUAUUAUCUAAUUUUGUUGAAUUUUAAAUAGUUUUAUUCUAAAACAUAAAUUUUUUCUAGUUAUUAUUUAUUUUAAGCUUCAAAUUUUGCGAGAUUUUUUAAAUUUCAGGGAAGUAAGAGAUGAGACCACUAAAAUUGGAGUUUACCAAGGGUUCCUAUACAGCAUAACUGCAGUCAUUUUCUUUGUGCUGACUGGUGUUACAUUUUACUAUGGGUCCAUUUUCUUAAGAGACGAUAGGUACAACUGGACACUUGAUGAGGAAAUAGAGCGCAAAGACAUCGUGGUCGUGUCCCUCUGUUUUAUGAUGACGGCCUUUUGCCAAGGAAUCUUCGUGACUGUGGUAAAUGUAAUUAACAACGCAAAAGUUGCAGCUGCCAGAGUCCAUGAAGUGGUUCAGAUCAAUAAAAGAUACGGAGGAUAUUUAAAGCCAAAAUCAAUCAAAGGAGAUAUUGACUUUGAAAAUGUCCAUUUCAGGUACCCAACUAAAAAAGACGUCCCAAUCCUAAAAGGGGUGUCUUUUAAAGUCAGAGAAAAAGAGUCAUUAGCUAUUGUAGGACAGACUGGAUCAGGCAAAAGCACCAUAAUUCAACUUAUUGAAGGAUUUUAUUAUUGCGAAAAAGGGACAAUUCUGAUAGACGGCGUUGACAUCACACAGUAUGAUAUUUCAGCAUUAACUCCCUAGCGAGCAAACCAAUGGGAAAAAAUCUCUAUUUUCUGGGAAAAUUUCUCACCACCAGCAAGCAAAAUAUUUUUACUUAAAAUAUUUUAGUAUAUAAAUAAUAAAUAUAUUAAUGAAAUCUAUUUCUAUUCAGCUUGCAUUCAAAACAUAAUUUUCCAAAUUAAAUUAACUGGCACUUUUAAUUUUCGAAAACAAAUUUUAAAAAAUAAAUUAAUUUGUGAGUAAAUCUUUUUUCUCCUCACAGAAGAGGAAGUAAGAGGCUUUGUAGGUUUGGUCAGCCAAGAGCCGAUUUUAUUUAAUACGACGAUUAAGGAGAAUAUCAGAAUUGGCAGAAUGGAUGCGACUGAUGGAGAAAUAGAGAAUGCGGCGAGAGAGGCAGAAGCAACAUUUAUUGAAGACCUUGAGAAUAAAUUUGACACAUAUGUAGGGAUUAAAGGCUCUUUACUUUCUGGAGGCCAAAAGCAAAGGGUUGCUAUUGCAAGAGCCUUGCUUAAGAAUCCAAGCAUUUUACUAAACUUUUCAAUAAUAAAUACUACAUAGUGCUUGUAAUAGGCCUUAAUUAUCAUAUAAAAGUAUACUAGAUGAAGCCACAAGCGCAUUAGAUGUAAAAACUGAGAAAAAAAUCCAAGUCACUCUUGACAAGGUCUCCCAAAACAGAACAACCGUCAUAGUAGCUCAAAGGCUCAGCUCAGUUAAAAAUGCCAAUAAAAUCAUUGUGAUUUCUGAAGGAGUAGUCGCUGAGGAAGGCAACCACGAAUCCCUCAUCAAACUAAAUGGCCGAUAUGCAAGAUAUUGUGAAAUCCAGUCUAAGACUGAAGAAGCCAUGGAAGAAGAAGCCCCAUCUUCCAAAGAAGCUGAGUCAGAAAGAGACCAAGAUGUGAUGAGCUACCAGACCUCAAUCUACAAAAGAGUCAAGGCAGAUAAGUCCAAGUACAUGAAAGGGAUCCAUGUCCAACUUCUUAAACAGUGGGACUGGAUGCUUGUAGCUGCCAUUUGUGCAAUUAUAGCUGGACUUUGUUAUCCAUGCAUGGGAUUUGUCUUUGCAGACGAUAUUAUAAGCGUUACAGAAGAUAAUGGUGGGGAGUUGCAAGACACGACCUGGGACAAUUUGUGGUGGUCUGUGCUAUUGGCUGCGAUUGCGUUUGUGACUAUCGUUAUUUUGUAUAGUGCCCUUGGUAGGACUGCUGCAUUAUUUACAGACGAUAUCAGAAUGAGAGGGAUGAACGCAAUUCUCUAUUAUGACCAAAAAUUCUUUGACAAGCCAAUCAAUAAUCCCGCUCUGCUAUCUUAUACAUUUUCUAAAGACUGUGAAAAAAUUUCCUCAAUUGGAGGUUCAGUCUUGAUUUUCCAGCUGCUUACCGUUUCUAGCCUUGUGCUUGCUAUUGUAUGGGCUCUAUGCAAAGAUUGGGUCUAUGCUUUAAUAGCGACAGCUCUUUUCUCCAUCAUGAUUGUGGUGAAUAUGGGCGGUGACGUUUUUAGGCAAAAUGAUAAAAUGACCCCAGCUCAAACAACUCAGAUUGCUUUUGACUGUUUGACCAAUAUCAAAACAGUGAAUUCUUUAAAUAAGCAAGACUAUUUCCACGUGAGGUAUGUGAAUUCUUGCAAAGAGGCCAAUAAAGGGAUUGUGGUUUCUUAUAUUCCUGAUGCCUUUAGAUUUUCAUUGAAAUUAGCUGUAAUGUUUUUCGUGUGGGGAUUUGCACUAUGAAUUGGUGCGGCACAAGUAAAAGAAAAGCAUUUGAGCAGAGACAACUUGCUUUAUGUUUUCUUUAUUAUUUUGCUUGCGACUUAUAGUGCAAUUGUGCUUUCGUUUUUGCCUCAGGAUACAGAUGAAGGGAUUAAAAGUGCUAUUAAGAUGAAUGAUAUUAUUGAGUAUUCUUAUAUAGGCUUAUUUUUUAGCCAAAAAGCAUAAUUUUUUACUAAUUUUGUAAGGAAUUAGACUAAGCCCUUAAAAGUAUUAUAAUAAAAUUUACUUAAAUAGGCAUAUGAGCCUGAAAUCAAUGGAGACUCAAAAGAUGGAGAGACAGACCCGAUAUCCGGAAAAAUCACUUACGAAAAUGUCUGCUUUAAAUAUGAGGGCAGGCUUAACCCAGUCCUCAAAAACGUCAGUUUCGAAGUUCCAGCAGGCAAAACGCUCGGUGUAACAGGAUCGACAGGUUCAGGAAAAUCCACAAUUGCGCAACUUUUAUUGCGAUUUUACAACCCAACGUCAGGUAUUAUCAAACUUGACGACCAUUUAAUCCAAAACUACAACAUCAGACAUCUCAGAGAAUACGUCUGUUGGGUCGGCCAAGAGCCUAUUCUAUUUAAAGGCACCAUGAUGUACAAUCUAAGACUAGCCAACCAAUUGGCCACUGAAGAAGAAGCCAGAGAAGCUUUAAUAAAAGCUCAAGCAGGCGAUAUCUUAGAAAAAUAUGGUCUAGAAAACGAUGUAGGACUGAGAGGAAGCAAGCUGAGCGGAGGACAAAAACAAAGAGUUGCCAUUGCUAGAGCUCUUAUUAGGAAGCCAAAAAUUUUGGUUUUAGAUGAAGCUACAAGUGCCUUAGACACUGUGGUGGAGUCAAAACUUCAAGAAGUGCUGAAACAGGAAAAGUUUACAGUCAUUUCUGUUGCACACAGACUGAGGACUAUUAAAGAUUGUGAUGAAAUCCUUGUGCUUGAGAAAGGAAUUUUAGUGGAAAAGGGAACUCAUGACGAGUUAUCAAAGAAUCCAAACGGCUAUUACUAUCAAUUGUGCCAGCUAUCAACAGCUUAA